GUCAAAGGUGGAGCCCCUCUUCUACCCCAAGUGCCUCCUCUUCCCUCUUCCCUCUUCCCGCUGGGCUCAUUCCCAAACGUUCUGCUCCGGCGUUCACUUCUCCAGGGCCGCCACCUCCGAGCCCCGGCGCUCCCGCAUCUCCUCGGAAAGUGAGCUCCCCCCUCUCGUCCUCAAGUAAUCAAGGUCUGUUGCUCGUGGAAUAUAAAUUCUGGGUUGAUGUUUCAAGAAAUCUUGGUCAGUCCAUACAGGCUAUGCAUUUUGUGCACUUGGCUAUGCGGAUAUGUCAAAUUAGAAUGAGGUAUAGAAGUUGCUGGUUUUGCCUUGUGCACUUCAAGUGAGGGAAUUUAAGCUAGGUUUUUUGGAUUCCGGAUCAGUGAUGGAGUGCAACAAAGAAGAGGCCUUUAGGGCUAAGGAAAUUGCUGAGAAGAAGAUGGAAAACAAGGAUUUUGCAGGGGCUCGAAGGAUUGCACUUAAGGCACAACAGCUCUAUCCUGAUCUUGAUAACAUUUCUCAGAUGCUUUCUGUUUGUGAAGUACACUGCUCAGCUGAGCACAGGAUGUUUGGGAAUGAGAUGGAUUGGUAUACCAUCCUUCAAAUCGAGCAAACAGCGGAUGAGGCAUCAAUCAAGAAGCAAUAUCGGAAGUUUGCUCUUCUGCUUCAUCCUGACAAGAAUAAGUUUCCCGGUGCAGAAGCAGCUUUUAAGCUCAUUGGGGAAGCUCAGAGAGUGCUUUUGGACCAGGGAAGACGAUCCUUAUAUGACAUGAAACGUAAAUCUUCUUUAAGACAAGCAGCAUCUAGUCAGCCAACUCAACGUGCAUGUAAAAACACAACUGUUGGGAAUUACACUACUAAGCAGUUCACAGGCCUGAAGCCCCAGAACCAGCAUCUGCAACAGCAGGCUCAGCCAGCGUUUGCCAAUGGCCGACAGACUUUUUGGACUGUCUGUCCUUCCUGUGCUGUGAAGUACCAAUAUUACCGGGAAGUCAUAAACAGACCACUGACUUGUCAGAGCUGCCUCAAAUCCUUCACUGCCUAUGACAUUAAUGCCCAAGGUGCACCACCAGGAACGAACUUCAGGCAGCCUGCCGUUCCUGCUUCCAAUGGAGCAUUUCAGGGAAAAUUUAGCCGGGAAAACCAAAAAAUGGAGUCCUUCCCAAAAACCAGACGCACUUCUGAGGUUGAGGUGGGGUCUAAAACUGAUACAAAUUGUGGUAAUGUAGGUGCAAAAGUUGGUAAGGGAGGAUUUGAUGAAGUUAAACCAUCCAGGAUGGCAAAUGGCAAGAGAAAAAGGAAGCAUGUAUCAGAAUCGAGCGAAAGUUGUGAGACUGGAAGCAGUGCAGACGUUGAGGGAGAUGGUAUCAAAGAGGGUGGUAAUACUCCUGCUGGAGGAACAUUUGGUUGUUUUGAUGAGAGGUCUCCUAGGAGAUCUAGCAGGAAUAAACAGAAUGUCUCUUAUAGUGAGAAGUUAAGUGAUGAUGAUUGCUCCUUGGGCUCUUCAAAAAGAGCGAAGGUGAGUGGAUUGUCUUGUACCACCAAAGAAGGGAGUGAAAGUGGAGCAUUGAAGGAUGAGGUGUCCAAAAGGAAGAAAGGAGAUGGGUCUGCUGCUGAUGUGGGAAAAAAUGAAAAUGCAGCAAAGAAAAAAAAAUCUUCCUUUGAAGAGGGCUUACCAAAUGGACACAAGGAUACUGGGGAGAAAGGGAAACAGAAAGCAAUGAAAGAAUGCACCAACGGUUCUGAGGCUGUUGAUGAUUCUGCGUCAAAUGUAAACCCCAGGAGUGCACAAGAUCAAGAGGCUUAUUCAUAUCCUGAUCCAGAUUUUAGUAACUUUGAGAAGAAGGAAGGCUGUUUUAAAAGUGGGCAAAUCUGGGCUUGCUAUGAUACCCUGGAUGCCAUGCCUAGAUUUUAUGCUCGGAUCAGGAAAAUUUUGUCACCUGCUUUCAGGCUGGUUAUAACCUGGCUGGAGCCAAACCCAGAUGGCAAUGAUGAGAUUGCAUGGGCCUCUGAGGGUCUGCCCGUCUCUUGUGGUAAAUUUAUGCUUGGGAAUGAUGAUUACAUUGACGAUCCUUCAAUUCUUUCUCACAUGGUUUAUUGGGAAAAAGGGAGUGGUAAAGAUCCUUACAGUAUAUAUCCAAGGAGUGGAGAAACUUGGGCCCUCUUCAAGAAUUGGGAUAUUAAAUGGAAAUCUGAUGAGAAUUUUAACAGGGAGUUCAAAUAUGAAUUUGUUGAAGUUUUGUCAGAUUAUGGGGAGGGCAUUGGUAUACGGGUGGCACACUUGGGUAAAGUGAGAGGCUUUGCCUGCCUAUUUUGCCGAGUAGUGAAGGAAGGAGUGGACUCAUUCCAAAUUCCAUCAAACGAAUUAUUUAGGUUCUCCCACAGGGUUCCUUCUUUUAAAAUGACAGGUGAGGAAAGAGAAGAUGUUCCAAAAGGAUCAUUCGAAUUGGAUCCAGCUUCUCUGCCUACUGACCUUGAAGAGAUUGCUGUUCCUGAAAAUUUUGAGGCAGAGGCUAAGAAAAAACAGCCCAAAGGUUUGUGGUCUAGUUCUUUGGCAGAAGAGACAAAGCCCACAAGGGGAUUGCAGGGAAGUGCAUUUGUGCACCAGGUUGAGAAGGAUGCUAAUUUAAACUCUGGGAGCAGUUCUGACAACAUCGUAGAAAAUUGUUGUAAUGCUGAAGAUUCAGAUCCUGAAACUUAUGAAAUACCUGACCCAGAAUUUUAUGACUUUGAUGCUGGUAAAUCCCCAGAAAGGUUUCAGGUUGGUCAGAUCUGGGCAUUGUAUAGCGAUGAGGAUGGUUUGCCAAAGUACUAUGGUCAAAUUAUGAAGAUAGAUGCGCCUCCAAAUUUCCAGUUGCAUGUAAGGUGGCUCGAAUCCUGCUCACUGCCUAAAGGCAUGAUUCGGUGGCAUAAGAAAGACAUGCUCAUUUGUUGUGGUACAUUCAAACUAAGGAAAGGCAAACCUUGUAUUUAUGAUGCCAUUGGUCCCUUCUCCCAUCAAGUAAGAUUGGAAUCCACUGAUAAGAAGGGUGAAUAUACCAUCCUUCCCAGGAAAGGUGAAGUUUGGGCAUUAUACAAGCAUUGGAAGGCUGAAAUGACACGUCUUGACUUGAAAAAAUGUGAAUAUGACAUAGUGGAAGUCGUCGAAGAAAAAGAUCUUUGGAGGAAAGUUUCUGUACUAGAGCAUGUCUCUGGUUUUAACUCAGUUUUCAAGGCUCAAGUAAGAGAUGAAUCACCAGUGGUAAUGGAGAUCCCUGGGGCUGAGCUGCUUAGAUUUUCACAUCAAAUUCCUGCAUUUCAGCUGACCAAAGAGAAAGAUGGCAGCUUGAGAGGCUUCUGGGAACUUGAUCCAGCAUCAUUGCCGGUUGUUUUCUUUGGUUUAAAUUGAAAAUUGCAGGAUGUCAGAGCUUUUCCUCCCCUAGUACUGACCGAGCGCGUAUUUGCUUGCCUCGCUAGCCAGCAGCUUUGGUGGAAAGUAGAAUGAUUUUGGGGGAUGACACCCAGAUUUUGGGAAGGCCUAACCUUUAGGUUUGGAUUAUCUGUAAGCUAAUCUACUUUUCUUAAUUUUGGGAUGCUUAAAAGUUAGAUUUUUCUAUUUUAAUUUUUAAAAUGUAGUAAGCUCGGUUCCUGUGGAAAGGGGAAGUAGGAAUUCUGUGGUAGCUUGUUUGCAAAUGCAGAGUAUUGUGAUUAUGUGAUUUCCCCCUCCCCCUCCCCCUCCCCAGUCCCCCCCCUUCCCUCAGUUGCUGGUCGGCUUUGUUUUCAUCUGGAAUAUUCAAUGCACUAUUCUAGAGUUUGUUUU